GUCGGAUGCUGCUGUGCGGCCUGUUUUUCCACCUGGCGUCAAAGCGUGCUGCCGGGGCUCACAACAAGAAGCCCAACUUCAUCCUCAUCCUGGCUGACGAUAUCGGAUGGGGUGACUUGGAUGUGAACCACCCUGAGCAGAAGGCCAACAAUACACCCAAUCUUAACCUGAUGGCAGAGCAAGGAUUAAGAUUCUCAGACUUCCACUCUCCGGCCUCAACCUGCUCCCCAUCCCGCGCUUCCAUCCUGACCGGCCGCUACGGACUCCGGAACGGGGUCACUCACAAUUUUGCCGUGAGCUCCGUGGGUGGUCUGCCUCUGUCCGAAGUCACCUUGCCGCAGCUCCUACAGAAGGCGGGUUACUAUACCGCCAUGAUCGGGAAAUGGCAUCUCGGCCAUAAUGGACCAUAUGGCCCAACUAAAAGAGGUAAGGGGGGACUUUGACCUGACCAGGUCGUAACCGUACGAAUGUGGAAUUUGCAUCAUCAGCCAUGUUGGGGUGGCCUUGCCAGAACCGGCAUCGUCAUCAACAGCAUGAUAG